AACACUCGCAACAUUUGUAGCUAGUAGCCAGCCGCGUCUAGUUAAAGCCGAAGUAUGUCUGCGUGAAGAAAACACGUUUUGGGCAUUCAUAUAGGCUACUUUGGUACUAAAAACAACCAACGAACGAGGGGUAAUUCCCUCUUCUCUUUUUAAACAGUUUUCAUCCUGUUCUAUUUAAAGAUAUUUGCUUCAUUUUAUAGCGUACCUUUUUAUAGUCAUAAUGGUGACUACAACUCAAAAUAUAGAAUAUUAAAUAUUAAAUGAAGCAGUCAUGAUUGAAGAACUGUUUUGGGGUUUCAUCGCGAAGAGACAGCCCAUGGAACUUAAAGGAUCUGAAUACCUUUCAUGCUCUCUUGAGUUGAACUGUGGCGACUUCCAGAUUUUGCCAAUGGUCACCUCAACAUCCUGAUUCCACCUGGAUAUAGGCCUACAACAUCUAUAAGUAUUAGUAGUAGCAUUAUUACUGUUAAACAUUAUGGAGACAAUUGGGAACUUCGAGUUCAGCAGGAAAGACCUGAUUGGACACGGGGCCUUUGCCGUGGUGUUCAAAGGAAGACAUAAGGAGAUGCAUGACUUGGAAGUAGCUGUGAAGUGUAUAAACAAGAAGAACCUGGCAAAAUCCCAGUCACUGUUAGGGAAAGAGAUCAAAAUUCUAAAGGAACUGAAGCAUGAAAAUAUUGUUGGAUUACUUGACUUUCAGGAAAUGGCUGGGUGUGUGUAUCUGGUCAUGGAGUACUGCAAUGGAGGGGACUUGGCAGAAUAUCUCCACUCUAAAGGUACUCUGAGGGAGGACACCAUCCGGGUGUUCCUUCUGCAGUUAGCCGGGGCCAUGAAGGUGCUCAGAGAAAAGGGCAUCCUUCACAGAGACCUUAAACCUCAGAACAUCCUGCUAUGUAAUCCUGAGGGGCGCAAGUCAAGCCCCAACAACACCUGCAUCAAGAUAGCGGAUUUUGGCUUUGCACGGCACCUCCAUUGUAACACUAUGGCGGCCACUCUGUGUGGCUCCCCAAUGUAUAUGGCCCCGGAGGUGAUCAUGUCCCAGAACUAUGAUGCCAAGGCUGACCUGUGGAGCAUAGGAACCAUAGUGUACCAGUGUCUAACUGGGAACGCUCCAUUUCAGGCCAGUAGCCCCCAAGAGCUGCGUCUUUUCUAUGAAAGGAAUAAGGACCUUAAGCCCAGCAUCCCACGGGAGACAUCUGCCCACCUAAAACACCUGCUCUUGGGCCUGCUGCAGAGGAACCAUAAGAAGCGCAUGGACUUUGAUGAGUUUUUUCAUCACCCUUUUCUGGAGACAAGUUCUUCCAUAAAGAAAUCCCCUCCUGUACCCGUUCCCUCGAACCCCUGCUCUGCCAGCUCCUCUAGCAACUCCUCCACCUUCCACCUGGCCUCCUCCCCUCAACAUUCCGAUGCAGACCUACAGAGACCCCAUCCCAAGGCCCCGCCCUCCCCAUCCAAGGACCCAGACCUCCACCACAGCAGGAACACCUCCUCUGAGAUGGACGACUUUGUCAUAGUGCCUGCCCAGUUCCCCAGUGAGAAUACAUGCGAGAUGAGAGACGGGUCACCUGGCCAGGGCAGCCUGGUCUAUAGUAGCAGGCCUGCAGAUAUUAGUGGGAGUAAUUACAGCCAGUCUGUGCCCAUUCCUGUCCCAACACAGAUCCACAACUACCAGCGCAUAGAGCAGAACCUCCAACCUGCUGGCCUGCAUGGUUCCACCAGGGCCACUCUGUGCUGUGUUGAUAGUGGUGGAGAUUCCCUGGGGAGUAAGACUGGAGGCAGUCCCCUUCUCCCAUCAGGCCUGGGUGGAGCAGCCCUCAGUCACCGCAGGCUGUCAGCUGGGGGAGCCAGACCCUACCAGCCGUCUCCUCAAGUGGGCACUUUCCCAGAGACUCCAAGGCAGACUAGUCCAUUCAGCACCUGGACAGGACAACAGAGCCCUCAGGCCACGCCUCCAUAUGAAUUCCCCCAGCCCGACAGCUUUGAGGACUUGCCUACCAUGCCCACACGCCGAAGGACAGUGCCAGACCUGAAGAGCCUGGGCCUCCUGCCAGGGCCUCAGCCCAACCACAUCAGCAGGGCUACGGGGAAGAGGAAGGGACUGUUCAAAAGGUCUCUGAGCACAGGCCGUCUGUCAGACAUGCUGCUGAAGUCUGCUUUUGGAGCUCAGUUGCUCGAUGGAGGAAGUAACGAGAGCCUGUGCUCUGAAAGGCCAAUGGACGUUACAGCCCCCCCUACUGGUGUCAUGAGAGUUGCAGGGGCCUCGGGCAGUCCCACAUCGGUAGUCUUCACUGUGGGAUCUCCAUUCAGAGGAAACACUGGGUCCCCACCAAACACCACUAGGACCUUCUCAGGUUCCCCAACCUAUGCUAGCCACCUAUGGUCAUUCGGAAGAGGAACCUAUAAAGAUGACCCCAACUACCCCAAGGCAGCCAGCCCAGACAGAGCCAUAGCGUUUCACCCUCCGGAACUUCCAGAGGAGACACUAAUGGGGCAGUGGCAUACUGAUGGGCUGAGUAACCUGCGCUUCACUCUGGCCUUUGUCCACUGUGUAAUGGAGAUCGCCAGUUCAAAAGACACAGGACUUGAGAGUGAGACCACAGGGGACUCUCCUGAUGUGUCCUUUCUGCAGCAGAGCCUGGUGGCUGAUCAGAUCAGCCUUCUAAGCCGGGAGUGGAGCUAUGCAGAGCAGUUGGUGCUGUACAUGAAAGCUGCUGAAUUUAUUUCAUCUGCAUUACACACCGCUAUGGACGACAUCAGAGAAGGUAGACUCUUUCCCUCCACUACAGUCAAGCAAGUGGUGAGGAAGCUAAAUGAGCUGUAUAAAAGCAGUGUGACUUCCUGCCGCUCCUUCAAUGCCCGCCUGCAGAGCUUCCUCCUCAACAAGCAGAGGCUGAUGGACCAGAUUAACAACAUCACUGCAGAGAAACUAAUCUACAGUCAUACUAUGAACAUGGUACAAUCAGCAGCCCUAGAUGAAAUGUUCCACAAUGGCCCCCCACCCAUCCAGAGAUACCAUAAAGCUCUGCUGCUCAUGGAGGGCCUUUCCCUUACCAUCACAGACCAGGCAGACCUUGACAACAUCAGUAAAUGCAAAACGUACAUUGAGAGACGCCUCCUAUCUUCUUUGCAAACUACACAGUGUGACUAAUCGUAUGGCUUUUUGACAAUAGCGACAUAUUGUCUGAGCCUCUGAGUUUGCUUAGAGCACCUCCAGACCUCUGAUAUCCUGCUGAUGUUCCUCUGAUGAAAAAGGAGCUCCUCUGACUGUUGAUACACAAAAGCACUUUGAACUGAACAGGCUCAGUGACAACAUCACUGACAUAGCUGCUUUCAACCUAAAGUACAGCCUUGCACCCAACAUGUUUAGUACAAUCAGUAGGGGGAGGUAGAACAGUUCUGUCUGAUUCUACUCUGAGAGCAGCUUGUGUUGUGGUUGUUUCAUGCCAGGUUUCUGCCAGGCCAGUAGUAUGUUACUGUUAAUCUACUGGAUUUAUCAGGCCUCUUUGGAUUGGGUGAUUGAUUUUACUUGAAGUAGUUGUGUGAGAGAAAUAUAUGUUUGAGAAAAACAUUUAAUGUAAAACAGGGGAUGCUCAGUAAGGAGAGAAUUCUAAACUAUAUUUAGUGCUAGCUGGUGUAAUAUUGAAGCUAGAGGCGUAAUAUGCAUCAUUUAAGAGUUGGAAAGUUGAGAAAGAAAAAGUAAAGACCAAGUAUUGCCUGUUUGUAGCAGAUUUCCUUUUUUAUAAUUGUGUGUGUUUUUUUUUUUAUCUGCAUUUGGCAAUGUACAGUUUAAAAAAACAAACAGUAUAGCACAAAUACAUUUGUGAUGGAAUAAUUCAUGAUCUUUUUGGAAUGUCAUAGCUGCAUUUCAAUGAUCUUGAUUGUAACUGGGAUGUAAGUGUCAGCUCUUCAAAAAGGUACUAUUUUCCCACCAGUUUUAUUCAUCAACCACCAUUAU